CAUGAAGAUCACCAAUUGGGGAUUUUGCACCAACAGGAACAUCAAUGAUGAUGAAGAAUUUGUCUUUGUCUGCUUUCAGCUCCUCUGAUCUGGGUUAAAUCGUGCAAAGACAAACUCUCAUUGAAGUUUCAUCCUUUCAUACCACUGUUUGAUCUGUGUGAGAAACAGCUGGUCCCCUGAACCUAUGACAGUACUGGAAAUCAAUGACCAGAAGAAAACCAAGGCAUGUACUGAGUGGGGGGGUAAAAGAAGAGGAAUGUCCGAAAGGCUUUGGAUGCUGGGAUGUCUCGUGAUUGAUCUUUAAUGGUGAUGCUGCAACAGUGAUGAUGGCAUGUCGGUUUUAGGUUCAUGUGAUCGUGACCAUCACGGCUUCCUUGUACAAUUAUUGGCAAGAAGCUUAUGGGUGGCAUGACCCAAUUUUUGACCUAAGAGCUCUCAUUGCAAUCGGGCUGGAAACGCAAACGAGGGGGUGAGGAGAUGUCGAGCUUCUCGUUCCCGGAGCGCCCGGCGACGGAGAUCAUCGGCGCUCUCGCCCAGGUGGGCAUCGCCGCCUUGAAGCUGGAGGACCUCGCCAAUCCCUCCGCCGACCUCGUGUGCACCCUCUACUCCAACUUCCUCGCCUUUGCCGACCCCCUCGGCGAAGAAUCGGAUAUACAGAUCGCUUUCGGUGCUCUCGAGCUUCUGGAUAACCCCGACCACUAUGUGGACGCCAUCCGGACCUUCAAUCUGUACCGCAAGAUCAAGGGCAUGCUCGCCUCCAUCCGGUUCGGCAGCUUUAAUCUUCGUGAUCUCAUCAAGCCUGACACCAAGCGCACUCUUCAGAUCCUUAGCACCAUCGUCAACUUCAUAUAUUACAGGUUGCAGGUUAACAAGCUGAUUUUGGACCAUGAAGUUGCACGACAGAUGGAAGAGCCGACAGUUCAGCAGUUGGAUGCAGAGGUCAAGGAUCUGCGACAGAUUAUUCAGAAUUAUAACAAGCAGCAGAUGUCAUUGAAGACGAUGGCCAAAGCACUCAAGGAGAAGACUGAUGCUAUUAAUGACAAGAUCUCUCAAGCUGAUUUUGAGUUAGUGAAGAAUGCCCAAGAAAACUCCAAGUUGUCAUCUAAAAUUGUUCAGUCCCCUGACAAGCUACAGAGGGCACUUGAAGAGAAAAAGUCAUAUCGAACUGAGGUGAAGAACUCUGAAAGGUCAGCCAUGCAGAGCGUUCAAGAGAAAACUUCCACUUUGGAGGUGUACUCAAAGGUAAAUUCUGCUAAAACUCUUGAGAAGGAUGUCAAAGCUUUGAAAGUUAAGUUGAGUGACGAACGGGUUUCUAUCAUGGCUGUCGAAGCAAAAUUGGUUGAGAAGCAAGGGAAAGCUAAACAAGCUGAGGAGCUGAUCAAGGCUAAGCUUAAUACUGUGAAGGCAGAGAUGGAAUGGAAGCUGCAAUGCCUGGAGCCCAGGGAAAGGAAAGCUGAAGCUAUGGUUACAAAGCAUUAUUUGUUCGACAUCCGCGUAUCGGUCCCUUUGAAGUCGCUAAUGCUGAUUCGGACAAAUCUUUUCCAAUUUUGGACCUGACACUUCUGGCUGGGCACAAACACCGCCCUAUUUAAGAUGCCGUCACUUCAGUAAAGCAUCACGCAGCGACGGCAAUCCGCGAGCUGUUCCUGUAGAGUACCAGUGGGACGAAGCCGGUGUCCGCAUCGUCAAACAAGUCUGCUGCCUAUCGAGUCAAUUCCUUCCGCCUGUCUUCGCCUGGUAAUCCGUCCCCCGGGGUUCCAAGUGUGGUUGAAAGGAGGUUGCUUCUGCCCCUUUGAGGAACUCUUGGCCUCCUUCUGCAAUCGCGAGGCGUGGAGAUGGCGGUGAGUUCUUUUCGGUUCAUGCUGUACGCCGAUUCUCCAUGAUUGUUUGCUUUGUCCUGCCACUUCGGGCCAUAGCGAGUAAGAAAGUUGCGAUCUUGGAGGGUUUUGGAAUCGUUCUGUUGUUGCGUUCCUUUUCUUUUCUGUGUGAUUCAUCGUCUUUGCAGUACUUCUUUGUUGUGUUUUUUUAUGUGUUACUCUUCAAUUUUUUAUUUCUAUGUUAGUAUUACGAGAAGUCUAUUGAAGAUUUUAUUUUUUGGAGUAUAAUUGGGUUUUGAUGCUGGGGUGAGACUGAUGAAGUUUUGAUUUUUGGUCUAAUUAUCAUAAUAUCAUCCUUUUAUUUCAUUUGUCAUGAUAGUUUUUGCCUAGAGCUUUGCAAAGAUUACUACCUAAUAACUCAUGAAUAUUCCUAACUGAAAUGGAUCAGAUAUCAUUCUUUGUAGUGACUGUACUGAUCGAAUUGAAGCAUAAGAGGGUUCAAGUUGUUUGGACUGGUCCGAUCCUAAUUUGGAAUGCUGACACUUUUGAAUGUUUCUUUAGCAGUAACAUCGGUCCCUGUUUACUUAAAUAGCUAUCUGUUGUUUCUUGGAUUUCAUCAUUUGCCAUGGCUUUUAAGGUAAGAAUUUAGGGAAUUAUGAUGUUGCUUGUGUUGAUUUCAGUGCUUGUUUAAGUUGAUUGUUCUUAUCUUCUUCCCCUGAAAAGUUUCAAGCGGAUGACACUUCUAAUUUUUUAUGUGGUAUUGAGAUGGGGCAUGCUGCACUUUCAUGUGCAUCAUGUGGGAUCUAGACAGCAAUAAUUGGAGGAAUGCAUUUAGAAUUUUGUUGCCUAAUUAACAUCUGAUCUCAUCAAUGCUGCUACUAAAUGAGUAUCACAUAUUUGAUCUCUGCAAUUUGGUUUGCUGCCAGUUAAGUUGUAACUUUCAUCAAAAGCUUCUUUAUGUUAGUUUCGUUAGUUGGAUGCUAGUGAAUUAGGAGGAAGUUCAAAUACUUAGAAGUCAUUUUCUUGUACCUGUUCAUUCAUUCCAUUUUAUGAACCAAAACCUUUUCAACAAUAAGUGCCAGAGCUAUUAUGAGCCUUAUAUGGUUAGAUGUCCUUUUCAGACACAUUGACAAACUAUGACAAGAAAAGCUCCAUUGGUUCACCAAUGAACUUGACAUGAUUGUUAUUGCUUUGGUGUCUACUUUGUAAAAGGCUAUAAAAAAUAAAAAGUUGUACAUCGAUUCCUCGUCCAUCCUGUCUAAACUAUUUGAUAGGCUAAUGUAGAUUACCCGGGAAAAUACCCUGAAUCUGUUUUCUUUACUGUCUAAACUAUUUGAUAGGCUAAUGUAGAUUACCUGGGAGUGGCAUUCUUUGCGCAGAUGAGCAGCUUCAACACAUAGGCCGAAUGCAUUUUUGUACCCCUUGUAAAACAGCCGAAAUCAACUAUUUAUUUUUGCUGUUUUCAAUCUUCUUAGAUGUCCUUUCUAGUUUCAUGGGAGAUUUGUUUGUUCACUUAGACAAUAGCUUGUUUUGUUCCUCUGAUGGGUAAAUUUCUUUCAAAUGUUAAUCAUGUUUAAUAAUUGUGUUUGUUGAUAUCGCCUGUCAAAUCUUGUCUUCUAUUGACACUUUUAUAUAUGAAAUGAACGAUUAAAAUGAGUGGAUCGAGAUGAAAACCUCUGUAAGGGUUCUGGGAUUUUGUUCUUGUAAAUUCACAACCUUCUGUUUAGUUUUUUUUCAUUGUAGCAACAUGCCCAACUUCCUGAAGCAUUAAGUGCAAACUUGGAGGCUCCAAAUCCCAAGGAUGAGCCACAUGCAAGCAGAGAAGAUGAUCUCCGCCAACCGACAGAAUCACAUUUACCUCAUGUUGCUAUUGCACAUAAGCCCACCA